ACCGUUACAGGCAACAAGAAGCAGCGUCAAUAUCGGUUUCGGACCUUGGAGGGUUACAUUUACCCAAAACUUAUUUUCAAAUGGGCCCCGUCGCCUAGCGUUUACUCCCCCAGCCUCGCCGACUGAAUUGAAUUGGGUGCUACUGAACACCAAGCACGUCUGGGUCAGUAAAAGGUUUCCAUCAAGAACACAGUACAGAGACCAACAACAGAAGAAUGGCAGCUAUUCCAGCAGGCGGUUCUCUCGUGGCGACCACUGACUACUACCGAAGGCGCAUCGGCUCUACGUCCAGCAGCAGCUCUUGCGGCAGUUCGGAGUACAGCGGGGAGGUCAUCCCUCAUCAUCCAGGACUCCCCAAGCAGGACUCUGGCCACUGGUGGUCCAGUUUCUUCUUUGGAAAGCAGCCAGGGAUGACCCCGUUGACUGAGGAGGCACAGCAGAAGGCGGGGGUCACAGGUGUGGUGACGAAUGGUCAGAUCACCUGCGUUGCCAGAGAGAUGGUGAUGCAACGGCAGGUGAGUGAGAGCAGCGAUGCAGGGAGUCCCACCUCCUCCUGAUCCUGCCAUCUCACUCCAGUCCACACCACACCUCGGGGGAAUCCAACCAACGACCAACGCUAGGUGACGGGAGGAUGUCCCGUUUACAACCUUUUUAGUUUUUUUUUUA